AUGGCUUCUACUUCUUCUACAGCCCAGUCUCUUCUCAAGAAACAUCCAUUACAGCGGAUACACAGUCCAUCCCGGGGCUUCUCUGCCUUGGUUCAUCAUUUCACCUCCAGCAUGCAAUACCUCCCAACAAAAGAUUACGAUAUCCCGAACAUCGACCUCCUCUCAUUAAUAUUUGAUUCCCCCCUCUCACUUACCACGGAAAAAACCGUUCUCCACGCCGAAGCCGCAAAUCCAACCAACAACAUCACGAAAGCGCAAGCCCGAACCAUCACCAAACGCCUCGCGCAUGUGUUCCGUGCCGACUUUGGGAUCGGAAACAAUGGCGCCGGAAAGGACGCAGUUCUUUGUAUCUCCUCGAACCAAGUCCUUCUUCCAGCGGUGUUCUUUGCCAUAAUCGCUGCUGGAGGCGUAUACACCGCAGCAUCGACGGCCUUUACACAAUCAGAACUAUCUCGUCAGAUCCAACAGUCAAAAAGUCAAUUGAUCAUUGCUAGUCCGGACAGCAAAACGAAAGCUCUGAAAGCAGCACUUGCCUGCGGAAUCCCCGUGGAACGAGUUCUGGUCCUGGAGAGCUCAAAUCACAAGCAUUUACUACGGGAUACUGUUGACCCUGAGAGAAACUAUCUUUUUCAGAAUACUGAAGAGCUGGACUGGGAACGAGUAACAGAUCGAAACGAGCUAGAAACAAGACUCAUCUGCCUUUUGUUUUCGAGCGGUACUACCGGGCCCCCAAAAGGCGUGAUGCUGUCUCACAUGAACCUUGUUUCUGAGGCAAUUAUCCCGCAAUUGGUCCUUCGCGAGUCCAGAAAGGGGAAACCGCAUCUUGAAGUCCCUUAUCGAACUAUCGGUCAUCUGCCUACCGCGCACAUUGCGGGCUGUCAGGGAUAUUUCAUUACUCCUGCCGUUGCGGGAGGUACUGUGUACUGGAUGCCGAAGUUCAACAUUGACCAGUUCAUGGAUUAUUGUAAGAAGUACCAGGUUACGUUUCUGGCUACUGCGCCGCCGGUCUAUCUUGCUGUUGCGGAGAGUUCACGAGUCACGGAUCAAUUUAAUAGUUUAAUCCGAGCGGAAUCGGGGGCCGCGCCGUUACCCACGGAGGUCCAGCGACGUGCGGAGGAGAAGUUGGGUUGUUCAAUCAGUCAACGCUGGGGAAUGACUGAGUCUACUGGGAGCGUGACUACGAUGCCUUGGGGUGAAGCUGAUAGCACGGGAAGUAUCAGUCCUUUGCUUCCGAAUACGAGACUCCGCAUUGUGGAUGAACAGGAUAGGGAUGUUGAACAAGGCAUGGAGGGAGAGAUCUUGGUUAAAGGGCCCAUGGUCACUAAGGGUUAUUUCGAGAACCAGGAAGCUACUGCAGCUGCUUUCGCGCCCAACGGUUGGUUCCGAACAGGUGAUAUUGGCGUCUGGAAGGAUGGCAAAAUUUACAUGGUGGAUAGAAAGAAGGAACUUAUAAAAUACAAAGGACUUCAGGUCUCCCCGGUAGAAGUAGAGGCCUGUCUCCUUAGCCAUGACGGCGUAGCAGAUGCUGCUGUCAUUGGAGUGCCAGACCCAUCAGCACCGGGGAAUGAACUCCCCCGAGCAUAUAUCGUGUUAGAGAACGAUAGAAUCAUUUCUGAGGAGGAAUUGAAGACCCACGUCAAGUCAAAUAUGGCCCGCCAUAAGCAACUUCGGGGUGGCGUGGUGUUUACGAAAGAAAUUCCGAAAAGCUCAUCCGGAAAGAUACUUCGACGACUGCUGAGAGAUCAGGCAAGAAAGUCGGCGGAGCCACGAGCGAAGAUUUAG